CCUGGCAUGAUAACAGCUCCCGGCGAAGGACAGUUUGCACAGUUAUCUGCAGUGGUUUCUCCUCAAUCUUUGCACGGAGUCCCUGGCCGGGGCGCUGCCGGGCGUGGGCUGAGCCUCGCUAGCGGCUCCCAUCUGGCCCUUCGGUUUAACAGCUUUUCCCUCAAGGCUGUAACCAAGCUCGUGGGCGAGCGCCGGCACUCUGAGGAACGGGUGCUGCUCUACAGGAGGGCAGAGCGUGGGCACCGGCCGGCUGGCUUAGCAAGCCCGAGCCCUGCUCCACCAAGAUCGACUUCAGCCAGGGCGGAGCGGGAGUCCUGCAGCGGGGCUAGAAACCGGCCUGGAACAGCAGCUGGCCUCGCUCCUCAGCCCGAGACGGCAGCAGUUCCUUGGCUUCAGCACGUCAAUCUGCACCUGGCUCCUCAGUGCAAGGCCAGACUCCACCCUGGUGAGUCGGCCCCAAUUUCAGUGGGGUCUGGCCAGGGAUGGGUUCGAGCCAAUGUGCCAGAAGUCAGGCUCCCGGUCGGUCCUGGGGUCUCUACAGGGGUUGGCGAAAAAGGAAGGAGCCUUUUGCAGGUCAGUCACGUGGCACCAACUACACCAGGGGGUACUCAGAGCUAA